UACAUAAAUAAUACGCAAAAAGAAAAAAAUCAGCUGCAGCUUUGAGGACAAUUUUGUCUUUUCGUGAUAAGUAAUUUUGAGCUCUAGUAAGGUCUCUCGGAGAGAGUGAGAUAAAAGACAUCAAGCGAAAUAUUAAAAUUAAUUAUUCUGGAAAAACCCUAGUCCAGCAAGAGUUUCUGAAAAUGGCGACCAAGGUGUGCGAAGCUGUAGCAAAGCGAUUGCUGAUGGCGGAACGACCGGCGAUUUCGAAAUUUUCAGCGUUAUCACCGUCAGUGUCGUCAUCGGCAGCAGCAAUAUCGAUGGCAGGGAUGCAGUUUCCAGUACAGUUUGGGCGAGGAGACAAGAAGACCAAGAAGGGUAAGAGAUUCAAAGGAUCGUUCGGAAACUCGAGGCCUAAGAAGGAGAAGAUGAUACAGCGCAUCAAGGACAAAGUUGAGGUCCCCAGGUCCACCCCUUGGCCACUCCCUUUCAAGCUCAUCUAAAUUUGUCUUCUUCUUUUUUUUUUUUUUUUUUUUGUUCCUCUUCUU